UGAAUGUUAUUUGAGGAAUUACAUUCUGUAAUACAAAAUAUAUAUAUAAACCAUAUACAAAUAAAAAAUAAAGUGUUACUAUAUAUUAUAUAUUGUAGCAGCCUGUAUUGUAGUGCAGUAAGACCAAAAUAUUCGUAAAUUUUAAGGAACCUUAAUCGAUUGGUAUCUUAUGUUGACGCAUUCAAGUUCCUUUUCGAAUUGUUGUCAACUUCUUUCGAAGAACUAUCCUAAUUGGUAUCUUAUGUUGUUGUAGUUUAUGGUUUUUAUCAAAGAGCAUAGAUAAUUCCCUCUACCUAUUGUAUUCAUCAAACAAGUUGAUGAGUAAUGAAAGUGAGUCGUGUUCCAAAACAAAAAGAAUAAGAUUACAUGGCAACUAAGCUGAGCUGGCUCUUCUCGUUAACUUUGAUACUUAAUCUGACAUGGAUAGUUUAAAUGGCUUUUGAUUAAAUCUUAUUUGUAUACCUUCUUCAGUUUCUUUGUCUUUAGUUUACAACAACAAAAAAAAAACUAUUCAUAGCAUGAGAAUAAGGUUUGAUGAAAUUUCUAGAUGAUAAAAAAAAAGCAUGAGAAUAAGCUAGUUGAAUGAAUUACGGAAUUAGCUUAUUGGAAAGAUUUCAGACUUUCAAUACGUCACCGAGUCCUUUAGUUGGGUUGUUACAAACUUCAAGCUAUUUCUUCCAACGUUUGCUUCUUGUCCUUUCUCGCUACCAAAAUUUCAUCAGGAUCUAAGGCAGCUACGAGAUCGACUAUGGCGUGGUGGCCUGACGGCGGUUUUUUGAUGAUGAUGAUGAUGACCAUCAUUUCUUUCGUUCAAGCCGAAGAUUCCAACCGCUUCUUCGACUUGAGGGUCACUUACGGCAAUGUCUCUGUGACUAAGUACGUUCCUCCAACAAGGGUAAUUCUAAUAAACGGAAAAUUUCCCGGACCGGAGCUUUACUUAGUCACCAAUGAUAAUUUGAUCAUCAAUGUUCACAAUGAUCUGGACGAGCCUUUUCUCUUGUCUUGGAACGGCUUGCAUCUAAAGAGAAACUCUUACCAAGAUGGAGUGUAUGGGACGACUUGUCCAAUCCCACCUGGAAAGAAUUACACUUAUGCCUUCCAUCUCGAAGACCAGAUCGGAAGUUUCUUCUACUUCCCUUCGCUGGCCGUUCAAAAAGCCGCCGGUGGUUUUGGUGCCAUCCGUAUCCUCAGUCGCCCUGGCACGCCCGUCCCUUUCCCGCAACCAGCCGGAGACUUCACCAUCCUCAUCGGGGAUUGGUAUACUGGGGAAGACCACAAGGAUUUAAAGGCACGUUUGGAUGGAGGACGCAUGAUACCUAGGCCUUAUAGUGUUUUGAUCAAUGGCAAUGAAGACACCGCCUCUACUUCUCUAACUGUCGACAAAGGUAAAACGUACAGAUUCAGAAUAUCAAAUGUGGGGCUUCAACUGUCCCUAAACUUCGAAAUAUUAGGUCAUAUGUUGAAGCUCGUUGAGGUCGAGGGAACCUACACAAUCCAAACCAAGUUCACUUCACUCGACAUUCACGUUGGUCAAUCUUACUCUGUCCUGGUCACCAUGGACCAGCCUCCCCAAAACUAUUCGAUUGUCGUGGGGACGAGAUUCACUGACUCACGAUCUACGAAUAGAAUUAUUCUUCACUACUCCAACUCCAAAAGCUCUAAAUUUGUCCCUAAUAGACAACCUGACAAUGACAUAGACUUUUCGAUUAAACAGGCUCGGUCCAUUAAGACUAACCUGACUGCGUCCAGGCAAAGGCAAGAUGCUCAGGGCUCAUACCAUUAUGGUCGAAUCAAGAUUUCUAGGACAUUAAUACUUGAAAGCUCAGCAGGCGUUGUGAACAGGAAGCAACGAUAUGCCAUAAAUGGCGUAUCAUUCGUUCCUGCUGAUACUCCACUGAAGCUAGCAGAUUACUUUAAGAUCAAAGGUGUUUUCAAAGUAGGAAGCAUCCCAGAUAAGCCUGGAAGAGCAGGGAUCAGACUAGAAACAGCAGUGAUGGGAGUACACCACAAGGAUUUUCUUGAGAUCGUCUUUCAAAACCGCGAGAAGUACGUCCAGACUUACCAUCUCGAUGGAUACAACUUCUGGGUUGUCGGGAUUGGUAAUCGAUGGUCUACAUGGUCACAUGCGAGCAGACGAGACUAUAACCUCAGGGAUGCUAUUUCUCGCUCCACUACUCAGGUCAGGUCUAUCCAAAAUCUUGGACAGCUAUAUAUGUGGCUUUCGAUAAUGUGGGGAUGUGGAAUUUCAGAAGUGAGUUUUGGGCAAGACAAUACUUAGGUCAACAAUUCUACUUCCGAGUUCACUCUCCGGCUAACUCUACCAGAGAUGAAUAUCCUUUGCCUAAAAAUGCUUUGUUGUGUGGUCGAGCCUCAAACAGACACAGGCGCGACUUCAUACCCUAGCUCCUAUUGACAUGAUGCCCUUCAUAUCAAUCUUGAAUGAAUUAACCAAUAUAUUUUAAUGAGUAAUAUAAUAUAUCCACACCAAAAGAUAAAAGGUUACUCCUAUAAGCUUCAAAGUAGCUCCUGACUAUACACUUCAAAAACAAUUCACGUAAUGUUUGUAAUCCUUCUUUAUGUAUAAUAUAUUUUGAUCCGUGCUUUUAUUAAGAGUAUUUGUUUAGUUGAUCAGAUUUUAUCAAAUAAAAAAUUAAUUUUAUAAAUAGUUUAUCUGUUUUAUGUUUUGUAUAUAUGAUUCAUAUUUAAAAUGUGCGUAUAAAAUUUAUAUUAGUUUUUUUUCAGUGAACUAAGUUUUUGGCAGAAUUCAGACAUAUGCCAUGUGUAAAUUUUUAUUCUAAUUCAGUUAUUUAAAUUUUAAUAGAAAAUAAUUAUUAUUACACCUAGAUUCUCUCAUUCUAAUUCAUCGCUACUAACUAGAAGAAGUUUCAGGAGAAAUUUAGAUUUCAAUUUAAAAUUUAUAAAUAAAAUUUUUUUUUUUUUGAAAUGUCAAAUAUAUGUAAAAUGCUAACCGUAUUAUAACACGUAGGGGUGGACAAAAAAAACCGAACCGAAUCAAGUUAAACCAAACCAAUCGAAAUGAAACCGAUUCAAAUCGAACCAAAGUCUAUUUCAAACUAUUCGAUUGAAGAUUUUCCCAAUCCAAAUGGUUUAGUUCAGUUCGGUUUUAAACCAAACCGAACCGAUAAACUGAUGUGUUUUUGUAAUUAUUUAAAUUAAAAAUAUUAGUAAUACAAAUAUACUAAAAUUCUAAUAGUAAACCCCAUAUUUUUCAUUUUUCAUUCAUUAACAUAUAUUCUUCUAACCUAAUAAUUCUAGUUUGAAAUAUCCUGUUUGCAAUUCUAGUUAGUGAAAAGAAUAUACUAGGUCUAUGAUAAUGGAAUCAUGUGUUUAGAGUGGCAAAGAUAUAAAUAAAUACUUGUAUUUGUGUAUAACAUAUAUAUAUACUAGUUAUUGAUUUGUUGCAGUCUUUUUGAUGAUAUGAUAUAAGAGACAUUACUAAUGAUGUUGUUGUUUUUUUACUUUAGUUAAAUUUCAUUUGUUUUAAUUUUUAUAUACUUUUUGUGACUUCUUAAAAGUUUUUGUUUUAGUUUUAUAUAGAAUUUAGUUCACAUCGUUUAUGUUUACAUAAUCUUAUAUAUUAAAACAGAAGUCACAACUUUGAUUCAUGUGUGAUUUUUUCAAAAAAUGGACCCUCACUAGAAAGUUAUGUUUCAUUUAUUUCUAAUUAAUAUUUUCUGACUUACUCGGCGGUAAUUACUUACGCCUAUAAAAUUGGUACGGUUGAACAAAUAUAUUUUGGCAUCAUUUAUAAAUCACAUACACGACAUGUAUAUAUCGAACCUAACUUAUGCUUAAUAAGAUUCACUCUUGAACCGGCUCGCUUUAUACACUUAAUAAACAAGGAAAGCAUUUGAUUAAACCGGUUCUAACCAUCAUUUAUAAUAUAUGAUUAGUUUGACUAUUCAACCUAUUCGAUUUAAACACUAAAUAAACCACAUCACACAUUGGACUUAACCGGACAUCAAGUGAUCAUCAUUUAUAAUACAUUAUUACCUUGAGUAUUCAGCCGGUUCGUUAUAUACAGUAAAUAAAACUAACAAAAUAAGAUUUGAACGGUACUUGGAAUGAAAUACUAUUCAUAUUUUUGGGUACUUUCAUAAUUCAUAAAUUAUUGUUGAGAACCAAGUACAUAUUAUACCUAUAUAAAAAGAUUCUAUGGAUUUAUGGAUUUAUUAGUUAAGACGAAUGUUUAUUUUAAAAGGCUUUUUAAACCUUUUGAUUGCAAUAUACGAUUCUCAAAAAUAUUUUCUAUAUUCCAUAAUAUUGACAUAAUUUAUUAUUGAUCUCCAUAAAAAGCUCAUCGACCUUAGCUAAUAUACACAAGAUCCAUUUUGAAAAGGUAAAUUCAUAAAUCAUUUAAUAUUGUGUGUGGGUUUACUAAUCAUAUAUUCCAAGUGUAUAUAUAAAAGCUAUUAGUAAUAGAUCACAUAUUUCUUGAAUAAUUGAAUUUAAAAUGUUAACGCCCAUUGGAUUUAUAGAUAGAUAGUAUAUUUUCGUACAUUGUCCUAAUUUUUAAAUGUUUAAACUAUUUUUUUUAAACGAAAUAUAUUUUUUUACUAGAUAGGAUUUUUCUAUUUAUGUAAAGUCAUCUUAUUAUGUAAAGUCACAUAUAAAUUUGUAUUUUAAUAAUAAACCUUCAUAUGUAAUAUAUUUUUAGACAUUACAAUAAUUUUCUAUUUUACGAAAAUUAGAAGAGAUUACCGAGUUUAAUAAUUAAACAAAAAUCCAACAAACAAUAUAUUGUAAAGAAAAUAAAAAAAAACUAAUGUGAUAGUUUGAAACAAUUAAUUUGAUUAAGAACACAUAAACUAUAACAAUUUUGAGUUUGAAAAAGUUAUUUACACAUUUCAAAAUAUGUGAUUAUUAUAAUAUAUAUUAUUUUAAAGUAAAAACAAAAUAUCUAUGUAAAUAUGAAUGAAAACAAAUACCCGCACGGUUGUGCGGGUCAAGAUCUAGUUUAUGUUUUAAAACAUAACUAGAUUUUGACCCGCACGCCCGUGCGGAUGUAUUUUUUUAAAAAAUAUGAUGCUAUUUGAUUUUUAUGUCACUAUUUAGGGUUGGUCAAAAAACUCGAAUUCGAAGAAUUGAACUGAUUCCAAUCCGAAUAAGUAGUACUAAAUCUGAAGCGGAAUUGAUUAAAUAUCUGAAUUAUUCAAAAUUUUGGUAUUUGAAAAACUGAAAUCUAAUCCGAACCGAGCCGAAGUAUUUUGGGUAUCCAAAAUAGAUUUAUAUACUUAUAUAUAUAAAUUAUUUUUAGAUUUAAUAUAUAUAAAAAUAUCCAGAAUAUAUAUGAUGUAAAUGAAUACAAAUAA